CUCUUCACCUCGGUCGAAUUCAGGGAUGCAGGGAUGAAGGAGCAGCUGUGUUUCAGACCUUGCUAUCUGUGGAUGUUCUUCUGCUAUCAGUCAAUCAGUCUGCCAUCUAUUGAUGACAGUGCAUCAGGAUCUGCUACUGGCACCUUCACAGAUUUAAAGUAACCCCUGACCUCUUUGCUGACCUCUUGACCCCUUAAUGCAUCACGGAUCAAGUGUAGUGAGCUACCAUGGCGGAAAUCAGUGUGGUGUCAGUUGUUCAGUUGCUCCGUGAUAAGUUGUCUGCCGACCCACCCCCACCACAUCAUAAGAUUUUGAGGAUUCUCCAAAAACUAUCAGAGUUGCCUAUGUCCAUCGAUGUAUUGCAUGAAACAGGAAUCGGCAAAGUUGUGAAUGGAUUCCGCAAGUAUGAGGGCGACAUUGCUGAAACGGCGCGCAGCCUGGUGAGGACUUGGAAAGCCAUGGUGCGGGAAGCCAUGCAUGAAGAGGCCAACAGGCAAGAGGGUAGUGAAAUGCCGACCCAAACAGAAUCGUCUCCUCGGUCCAAUGCAGCUUCAAAGUUACACAGUCCUCCGAAGCAGCAAAGCCCGUAUGCCCACAGCUUGCCGAGGUCACAGGAUGUCUCCAAACCACACAGGCCGUCCAACUCGAAAAUGUUAUCGCAGACGAGUUGUUACACGUCGACGCACGGCUCCCCCAAAUCCCAGGGUUCUUCCAAGAUUGCCACUGAACGGAAGCACCAGAGCAACGAUGCCUCAUCCGCAAGAGAAUACACUCAACUGAAGGAGAAGCCCUCUUCCUCCAGUGGGAGUCCUGUGAAGAAAUUGAAAAGCCAUCACUCCCCUGUAAGUGGAACGGCCAAGUCACAUGAUAAGAGAGACGUGGAAACUGGUGGGAAACCCAAAAGCCAUGUUUCUUCAGAUAAGCGAUCUGUGACAGACUCAGCCAAGCCACAUGAUAGGUCGCAUGACAGGUCACAUGAUGGAUCGCAUAACAAAGCUGCCAUAAUUGGAGUACAGAAAUCUUCAGAGUAUAAACAAACACUCCAUUCUGGGCAUAGUCACAAAUCUCAUGACAAAUACAAUUCUGUCAGUAGCAAAAAAACUGACUGGAAAGAAAAUACCACAACAGAAAAAUAUACAACUGCUAAUGUGGAGUUGACGCUGGAAUCAAAUCCAAAGAAAGUGACAAAAUCUAUCAAAAAGGAGAACUUGACUACUAACGGCGAAGUUGUGUCUCAGAAAUCAACUUCAACCAAAACAGAUAACAAGGGAAAAUCAGCAUCACAUUUGUCCGACAAGAUCAAGCCAAGAGCAUCAAUGCAGCAGCAGGAAGGUUUCAACAAACCUCAAUCCAAACUACCGAGCAGCAACAAAAAGCUGAAGGAUGACAACGUAAAGACGGAUAAUUUGGACGACGAGUCAGAUGGGCAGAAUUUCAAUAACUCUGGAAUGUCAUUUGGAGAUUGCCUGCUGGGUCCCAUGGUAACCAAAGUCAAAAAAGUCACUAAAAAUAAGCCACCCACAACUUCAAAACUUUCUUUGAAAAUGCCCACCAGCACCGGCCCUAUUAAACCCUCAACAGUGGGCAAGGCGAGUGCCAAACCAGCCAGUACUUCCUCGUCUGACCCUGGUAGGGCGAAGGUCAAAGGUAACAAAACUGACCCCAGCAGGGCAAAGGUGAACGUGAAAAGCUCACAAAAGGAGAAGAGCCUCCAGGGUAAGCAGGCAGUCUCAGAAAGUUUGUCGGGAGGUCAGAGGUCAGAAGAAGGUCGGCGGAGCAGGAAGAAAAGGAGUAUAAGUGAAGAAGAGGAGGAAGCCAUUAAAAUGGCCAAAAAGGUGAGGAGGGAAUCGACAGAAGUAUCGCUGAGCUUGCCCGAAAUUCAGCCUAACUACAAACCAAUACGUCUUCCUGAGGUACCAUCUCCAAUGAAGAAGAGAUCUCUGACGCCUGAGGAGGAGAUGGCUUAUCUUGCCUCCAAGCAGGGACGGACUAAAGUCUUCUCUGGACGAUCCCGAAUCAAUCGGCUCACAAGUGUUCCACGGUUAUAUGACAUAUGCAUGGAAAUGCUCUGUGACAACAUAGAUGCCUUGGAUGAUGUAGGUGGGGUGCCCUAUGAUAUAUUGUACCCCGUCUUACAAAAGUGCACUCCACAGCAGCUGUUCCACCUGGAGGACUGUAAUCCGCAUUUUCUUGAAGACACCGAUCCGCUUUGGCAGAAACACGUUGAGAGGGAGUUCAAGGGCAAGCAGCCAGAUGAAAUGGAGUCCUGGAGAGAAAUUUACAUUAGAGAGUAUGAUGCCAGAGAAGCCAAGCUGAAAUCAAUUACAGCUAACAUCUCAGCUCAUAUGGCAGCCAAGGACCCAGGCCGUCUCACUAAAAUGGCAUUCCUGGACCGUCCGGCCAAGCCACCGCGCAAUGUGCUGCGUCAGCAGCUGCGACACGGCACAGCCUCGGGGACUUUCAUGCCAGAGAAGCGCUCACACAGCACUGUCCAGCCCGACCGGUCGUCCGUGGUCAUCAGUUCUAGUGAGGCUGAGGCGUCAGGCCUUCAGCGAAGACGGGCCAGACCGGCCAAAAUCGUCGCACCGAUGAUGAUGAAGACCCUGAAGAUGAUCAAGAAACUUCGCCGAUGAAAAGAUGACCUGUGACCCUUGACACAGGCUUGUAAAUCAUGGUCAGGUUGGCACAGCCUUCCCUGGAACUUUCUCAAACAAAUCCUCCCCCCCCCAUGGGGGCUGGCACCAUAUGAUUGCUCUUUCUAAGCCGGUAAAAAGUGACUUUGAAGGAGUUUGGACUGUGAGAAAAUAAUUACCUGUAAAACUGCUCAAUAAAUGUAUUUAAAUCUCUCAAGUUUGUAUGAAAUUGCCUAUAAACUUUUGGAAAAGUACUCAGAUUCAUUUUUUUCUGACAAUGAUAUCAGUGUGAUUUAACUUGCUAUACUAAAUCUAUAUUAAGCAGCAUAGUAUAUAAAGUGGGAUAUAUGGAUGGAAUAUACAUAUGUUGCCAUGGAAUAUGAAAUAUACACCCUAAAACAUUAAUAUUGAAUGAAAUAGCAAAAUAAGGAUUGAAAUGCAAGUAUUAAUUAUUUUCCUAAAGAAAAUAAACAAGUCUGUAGUUGAUAUGCACAGAGUUCUUUUAUUGAUGAUUGAUUUUAUUAGAAAAAUGAAAUAUCUAUUGCUUCUGUACCAAAGUCCAGCCGUAGUUUUACUUUUGUCUGUAAAGAGAUCAAGUACAAAAAAAUGGAAAGAAUGGUAAACAGCCUAGUUUUGUUCAGGUCCUGUUCAAAUGUAAUAUGAGGAGAUGUAUCUAUUGUGUAAAAAAGUUUGAAGGCUAUCUAGUUUUUAUUUGGCUUCAGUAGAUUUUUGAAUUUCAGUGACGGGACUUUUGGAACUUCGGAGGUUGCCAUUGUGUUUGCCAAGAGGUACAUAGUUGAACAAAUUAGAAUAUGCAUAGGUCAUCUGACAGCUGUUAACCAAUCCAAAUUCUUGGUUCUGACCAAUGACUCCAUUUAGGUCACAUGCUGGAUAGCGCCUCUAUGGACAUUCAACUCACCAUUUCAAAGCCAGGCUGAAGAAUUAGAAGCUGUCAUCUGGGAUAUGUUACCAUUUUAACACACCAACAAUGUCAGAACUUUUGUUGCUCUUAACUACAUGUACGAAAGCUUUCUGCUGACAAACUUUAUACUUGGGAUUAUUUUGAAACAUGAAAUCAGCUGAAGGGGGAGAAUUGUUAAAUGUCAAUAUUACCGACUUCAACCUGGUUUUAGCAUGGUGAGUCACACUUCAUUGGUCAUACCCGGAAAUGACCCAUUGUGGUGAAACACACCACAAAGUGACUUCAUGGAAGGGUUUUCCCAUGGUGUUUAUAGGCUUUACUUAUUCAUAAGAUAGGUCAUUUCCUGGUGUGACUGACAAAAUAUGAAAAGGUCUUCAAUCUGUACCUGUUGCCAGCAUUUCCUUAUUGUCUCUGUUUUUGAUUUAUGUGCAAUCUUUUUCUGAUAGCUUUUGCUGUAAACACUGAAAUUUCUUCUAAUCUUGAAUGCUACGAGUACUGGUGUGUUUAAACACGGAUCAUUUACCCAGGGAUGUGCAACUUAAGCUCAGAGCUGGUUCAGUGCGUGUUAAGGCUGGCACAAUAUCAAAGCAGAA